UUUCUCUCUCUCUCUCUCCCUCCCUCUCUCUCUCUCUCUCCCUCCCUCCCUCUCUCCUUCCCUCCCUCUCUCUCCCUCCCUCUCUCCCUCUCUCCCUCCCUCUCUCUCUCCCUCCCUCUCUCCCUCUCUCCCUCCCUCCCUCUCUCUUUGUCUCUCUCCCUCCCUCCCAUCCCUGCAGCGCUACCGGGGUACUCGGGAUGCACAUAGGGCAGCUCUCGCUCCUACCUUGUCAUCCUACUGUCUAAUCCGGGGGCAGCUUCCCUCCUCCACACCAGCAUAGGCUAUUCUUCAGCCACAAGAAUAGCCGAGCCUAUUCGUCGGCAACAAGAGCCGAAGAAGCAUCCUGCAGGCUUUCUGCUUUUUGAGUGUAUUUUAAAGCACAAACGGGUGGAAAGCUAUGUAUGCUCAGUUAACUAUGUCUAGAUGUUAACCUUUUUUCAAAAAACACAGAUGGAGGCCUCCCUCCGAGGAUGCCUGGGAUUCUCCUCUUUCUGUGGGCGGCAGCGACCCCCUGCGGCUCCAGCCUCCACUACGGGAUCUGCGGGAAGACACAGGGAAGACCAACUCCGGACACUGCAUUUGAUUAAUGAUUUAUUUUGAUUAACGCCGUCACAGUGACGCCUUAGCGUAGUCCCUGUUCACCCGGGUCCCAGCCUCGACCCCGCACGGACCGCGAGGGUGGGUAGCUGGGGGCGGACGCAGGAAAGAGAAGGGGCGGGGCCUUGGUAGGGCGGGGUAUGGAAUGAGCGGGGUAUGGGAUGGGCGGGGUGUGGGAUGGGCGGGGUGUGGGAUGGGCGGGGCCUGGGGGCGGGGCUCGGGAAAUUCCACGGCGCGGGCAGGGAGCGGCUGGCGGUCAGCUGAGCCGCGCUGGGCGGGGUCGCGGGGCCGCGCAUCAGCCCCAGGCACCCCAAUUCCUGCUGCCCCCCUCCGCCGCCGCCUCCGCCGCCCGCCGGCAGAUUCCCUGGUCAGCGUCCCAUCCCGGACGGGAGUUCUCUCCAGGCGGCACGAUGCCGAGGAAACAGUGACCCUGAGCGAAGCCAAGCCGGGCGGCAGGAACUUCUGCAAUGUCCCAUCAACCUCUCAGCUGCCUCACUGAAAAGGAGGACAGCCCCAGGGAAAGCACAGGAAAUGGACCCCCCUACCUGGCCCACCCAAACCUGGACACGUUCACCCCGGAGGAGCUGCUGCAGCAGAUGAAAGAGCUCCUGACUGAGAACCACCAGCUGAAAGAAGCCAUGAAGCUAAAUAAUCAAGCCAUGAAAGGGAGAUUUGAGGAGCUUUCGGCCUGGACAGAGAAACAGAAGGAAGAACGCCAGUUUUUUGAGAUACAGAGCAAAGAAGCCAAAGAGCGUCUAAUGGCCUUGAGUCAUGAGAAUGAGAAAUUGAAGGAAGAGCUUGGAAAACUAAAAGGGAAAUCAGAAAGGUCAUCUGAGGACCCCACUGAUGACUCCAGGCUUCCCAGGGCAGAAGCGGAGCAGGAAAAGGACCAGCUCAGGACCCAGGUGGUGAGGCUACAAGCAGAGAAGGCAGACCUGUUGGGCAUCGUGUCUGAACUGCAGCUCAAGCUGAACUCCAGCGGCUCCUCAGAAGAUUCCUUUGUUGAAAUUAGGAUGGCUGAAGGAGAAGCAGAAGGGUCAGUAAAAGAAAUCAAGCAUAGUCCUGGGCCCACGAGAACAGUCUCCACUAGCAGGGCAUUGUCUAAAUAUAGGAGCAGAUCUGCAGAGGGGGCCAAGAAUUACUUGGAACAUGAGGAGUUAACUGUGAGCCAGCUCCUGCUGUGCCUAAGGGAAGGGAAUCAGAAGGUGGAGAGACUUGAAAUUGCACUCAAGGAGGCCAAAGAAAGAGUUUCAGAUUUUGAAAAGAAAGCAAGUAAUCGUUCUGAGAUUGAAACCCAGACAGAGGGGAGCACAGAGAAAGAGAAUGAUGAAGAGAAAGGCCUGGAGACUGUUGGAAGCGAAGUGGAAGCACUGAACCUUCAGGUGACAUCUCUGUUUAAGGAGCUUCAAGAGGCUCAUACAAAACUCAGCGAAGCUGAGCUAAUGAAGAAGAGACUUCAAGAAAAGUGUCAGGCCCUUGAAAGGAAAAAUUCUGCAACUCCAUCAGAGUUGAAUGAAAAGCAAGAGCUUGUUUAUACUAACAAAAAGUUAGAGCUACAAGUGGAAAGCAUGCUAUCAGAAAUCAAAAUGGAACAGGCUAAAACAGAGGAUGAAAAGUCCAAAUUAACUGUGCUACAGAUGACACACAACAAGCUUCUUCAAGAACAUAAUAAUGCAUUGAAAACAAUUGAGGAACUAACAAGAAAAGAGUCAGAAAAAGUGGACAGGGCAGUGCUGAAGGAACUGAGUGAAAAACUGGAACUGGCAGAGCAGGCUCUGGCUUCCAAACAGCUGCAAAUGGAUGAAAUGAAGCAAACCAUUGCCAAGCAGGAGGAGGACCUGGAAACCAUGACCGUUCUCAGGGCUCAGAUGGAAGUUUACUGUUCUGAUUUUCAUGCUGAAAGAGCAGCGAGAGAGAAAAUUCAUGAGCAAAAGGAGCAACUGGCAUUGCAGCUGGCAGUUCUGCUGAAAGAGAAUGAUGCUUUUGAAGACGGAGGCAGGCAGUCCUUGAUGGAGAUGCAGAGUCGUCAUGGGGCGAGAACAAGUGGCGCUGACCAGCAGGCUUACCUUGUUCAAAGAGGAGCUGAGGACAGGGACUGGCGGCAACAGCGGAAUAUUCCGAUUCAUUCCUGCCCCAAGUGUGGAGAGGUUCUGCCUGACAUAGACACGUUACAGAUUCACGUGAUGGAUUGCAUCAUUUAAGUGUUGAUGUGUCACCUCCCCAAAACUGUUGGUAAAUGUCAGAUUUUUUCCUCCAA